CGCAGGGCAUGAGCGGAGGCGCCGGGGGCUUGGAGCGGCCUGAGGAGCGGCAGCGUGAGCCCCCGCCCGGCAAGUCGCUCCCGGUCCCGGCCCUGGGGCAAAACGAACUCCUGAAGGCGCUGGUGGAGGGAGCGGAGCCCCCGGUGGGCGCCGAGGGCAGCGAGGAGCUGCGGAGAGCGCAGGAGGAAUGGGAGGCUGUGGAGGAGGCCCAGUCCGGCCCGGGGGGGCUGGCAGCCGGCAGGGCCUCCCUGAUCUCCUUCAACGAGGCCCUGCAGCACUUCCAGAGCGCGCAGCUGAGGCGGCGCAGGGUACGGGCGCAGGUGCCGGUGCCCAGGCCAGGCCUGGCCUCGCUGCUUCGCUUCCUCUUCGGCCCUCCCCGGCUCCAGCCACAGCUGCAGGGGGAGCAGGAGCUGGCACUGGCCAUGGCACAGUGUGCCCUGGAUGAUGAGCAGAAGGUGCACAUGAGGAUCCUGCAGACAGUGUACAGGAGGCUGACGUGCUCCAGGCUGGGCUGCCCUCGCUAUGGGGCACACUGGGAGGAGCUGGGCUUCCAGGGGGUGGAUCCUGGCACUGACCUGCGUGGGACAGGGAUGCUGGGGCUGAUGCAGAUCCUCUUCUUCGUCAUGGACCCCCAGCUGCUGCCUCUGGCACGAGAGAUCUUCAGGCUGUCCCAGCACCAGAGCCAGAGCUUCCCCUUCUGCAUCAUGUCUGUGAACAUCACCAGGAUGGUGCUGCAGGCCCUGCGUGAGGAGAGGCUCUCCAGGGAGUGCAAUCGCCGGCAGCAGGUCCUGGCUGUGCUCAACCAGCUCUACGCCGCUGCCUUCCUGCGCCUCUACUGCCUCUGGAGGGGGCAGCACAGGACCCUGGCUGACUCCAGCGCCCUCCUCAAGGAGCUGGAACUCGCCACCAAGAAGAAACCAAAGCAGCUGCUGAAGUCCCUGGAGGCCUUCCUGAAGCAGAGCCCCACAGCAGAGGCCCUUCAGCAGCUGCCCUCCCCUGCUGGCCCCGGGGGGGACAUCGACUUUGUGGGCAUCUGUGAGCCCCAGGUGGAGCUGGAAGGAGCUGCCAGGCUGCUCUGAAAGGGGGGAGCCCUGCUGAAGGCUGCACCAGCACUGCAGAGCCCAGCCAGGGGCUCAGG